AAUGCCACAACAUUGCCCGGGGGUACCUUCUCCACAGCGUGUAAAAAGCAUACGAGGGACAAUUGAAAUGAAAAUUUCCAAAUCACAUGUGGACACGGGAUGUUGAAAAUACGCCUUUGCCUGAGCCCUUAGGCAUUCGCUCCUCGUUGAAGAAUGAACUGAAGGUAUCAUUACGAGCACCAGCGCGUCUAAACAAUAAGCUUAGAAGUAUCUGACAAAGCCAACCAGCGGGUCGAAGAAGAUCGCCUCGUGUGCCACGCACUGUACUGUGCUGAUCCCACUGGCUGAGGUCAAAUCGGUCAUGGAGUCGGCGUCGGGUGCUUUCCCGCCGGGUCAGCAAGACGCCGCGCCUCUCGGCCCAUCCGAGUACUACACCAUGGGUCUCAUGCUCGUCGUAGAAGGUGUUCUUGGCAUGCUUCUUAACGGGGUUCUUUUCGUUCUAUAUGUGACGAAGAAAUCCCUUCGCAAGCCCUCGUCUCUCCUUGGUAUGUCGCUCUGCGCAGGUGAUUUCGGCAUUGGGCUGAUGUGCCCCUUUGCAGCCCUGGCAAGCUUCAGAGAGGUGUGGCCGUACGGGGAGCAGGGAUGCCAGCUGUACGCUUGCGUUGGUAUGCUGUUUGGUACAGUCAGCAUAACUUCGCUGGUGUCCCUGGCUGUGGAGAAGUAUCAUUCGGCCAUUGGAAACCGCGUAGGCCAGAAGGUGUAUCUGAUCGCCACUUCUGCCAUCUGGCUGAAUGCCGUCUUCUGGGCCUUGACACCCCUACGUUUUGUCGGGUGGGGCCGCUACGGCAUCGAGCCGCCCAAGACCACCUGUAUGCUGGACUUCGGGGCCCACGGCGCCAACUAUGUGACCUACCUGGCUGCCAUGAUGGGCUCGGUCUACGUGUUGCCCAUGGGCACGAUCCUGUGGUGCUUGGUGAAACUGCGGGAAGGAGGCGACGCAGAUGAUGCGAAGAAAACUGCCGCCAAGAUGCAGGCAGCUACGACCUGCGUUUUGGUUUUGAUGUCCCUAGUCGUAUACUGGGGAGCGUACGGCGUCGUGGCUCUGUGGGCGGUCGCAGACGACAUCAGUAGCGUGCCACUCCAUUUGGUUGCCGCCGCGCCGCUGCUGGCCAAGAUCUGUCCAAUCGGAAACGCCGCUCUCCAGGCGCUGACCAAUCAGGACAUUCGAAGCGUACAAGGGGAGGAGUCGCGUGAGGCAGAUAAGAAGAAAUAAGACGUAUAGGGCGUUUGGCGCGGAGAGCGCUGCAAAGUUGGUUGUCGUAGAUUGAGAGGCUUUGGGAGUUGGGAAAUUAGGAUGUCAAAUCGGAGUUGGUGUUUUGCCUCAGACAGGAAUACUUGUACCAAUCAUCAAGGCUCGGAAUCCGUAAUAAUGUAUUUGGAGCCGCUUUUACCAAGCAGGCUUUGAUGUGUAUGUUCGGCUUGUAUAGAGGGUUGCACUACACCAAAUACACGCCCGAAAUAGCGCCGCCUGUUGACUCUCGUGAAGAGGUUGGCCUCCGUUUU